CAGCAGGUGGCUCUCCAUCAGCAGGUACCAUGAAGGUCUCCGCAGCUACCUUUGCAGUCCUCCUUGCCACUGCUACCUUCUGUGCUCCUGCCUCUGCCUCCCCAUAUGCCUCAGACACCACACCCUGCUGCUUUGCCUACAUUUCCGGCCGACUACCCUUCACCCACAUCCAGGAGUAUUUCUACACCAGCAGCAAGUGCUCCAUGCCAGCAGUCGUCUUUGUCACCCGAAAGCACCGCCAGCUUGGGAGACCCUCACCAACCCCUACUCCCACCCUUUCCUGGGAGGGCACAGAUGCCACCACCCAGUAGCAGUUAUAAAAGUAGCAGCAGUUAUAAAUAAAAGCCUCCUCCAUCUAAAGUUUGCAAGAGCUCCGGAGGCUCUGCUUUGUGCACAGAAGGUCUCUAGGCUCCUGAGGAUCACGCCUCUCAGCUUGACCCCAGCUCUGCAGUCAGGAAGGAGAUCAACAAGCCUCCAGAGACGAAGAUGGGAAGAAGACUGGGCUCCUUCGGCAAUGUCCCGUGGCCACAGCUAUCCUCUCAGCCCCUCACUGGGAAGGGCUGACUGGUAAAUGUGAGAAAGCAGCUUUCCA